AUGAAACAUCUUCUUGCCCAAUUCCCAUCCAUUUUGGCCAUUUAUUGCUUCUGCCUACUACAGAUUCCCUCCUCAGGAUUUCCUCGACCUUUAGCUGAUCCUCCAGAUGGCUUGGAUAUUGCGAAGCUUGAGCGGCUGGCAUAUUGGGCAACUCUUUCUAGACAACCUAAGGAUAAUCAAGACAUAUACAAAAGGUUUUUAUUUCAUUACUCCAGAACUCAGAAGCCGACGCAUCCAGUUAAAACUGGGUUUCCUCCUGUGCACUCUCUAAUGCAUCUGGCUGCCAAGCUCGCCAAGCAAAGGAUGAAAAGAUUUCGGCAGCGCGAUUCCGGGGCUGCUGAAGAGGAUUUUACCAAGAAGGAUCACACUGCCACCUUGGAAGGACCAUUUUUCCUUUUCAGGCCAAGGAAUGGAAGAAACCUUGACCUUAGCAGCUGGGACAUGAGGCCACUGUCUUUCAGAGGCAUCCCAGCCUUCCUCCUGGAGCCCCUGGACCAACUGGCAGCUACUGGGGCCCUGGCAGCCCAAGGUGCCUGA